AUGGAGGGGUACCUGGAGAAGCAGAGCUCGGAGGACGCGAAGCUCUGGAAGAGGCGGUGGUUCGUCAUGCAGGACAGCAAACUCUUCUACUACAAGUCGCAGAGCGACGUCCGCGAGCAGAAACCCACGGACGAAACGUGCUGCGGCGUCAUCUCCAUGGAAAACAUCGACUCGGUGACCACAGCGAAGGACUUUGGCGUCGCUGCCUUCCAGAUCCGCAUGGAAAGUCGGCGGUAUGUCCUGCGAGCCGAGUCCAAAGAUAUGAUGCACGAGUGGCUCUUUAACUUUCAGAAAUCCAUUGCAAACAUCGUGUCUGCGCUCUCACGGACCCAGGUGCGCACCUUGAUGGCAUCCAGUUGA